GCGCUAGAAUCUGGAGCGUCGCGUCGAAGUGCAGCGACAUUUUCUUCUCAUUUCAGUUCCUCUUCAUCAACAGGACCGAUACACACAGUCUGAUCUCGAACACACACACACACACACACACACACACACACACACCGACCGACUGAUGCUCGGAACAACCCGGAGCUGAGAGGAGCAUCACGCGCUUCUGUGGGAGACUCUCCGCUCUGAUGGUUAUGGUCGGUGUGUGACGCUCAGUGUCUCAGCUUCACUCAGCAUGUCUGCUCUACAGGGAGCGUGGCCGCCUGGCACCGAGUGUGUGGCCAAGUAUAACUUCCAGGGCAGCACCGACCAGGACCUUCCCUUCAGCAAAGGAGACCUGCUGACCAUCAUCAGCGUAACCAAGGACCCGAACUGGUAUCGAGCGAGGAGCAGUGUGGGGCGAGAGGGAACGAUUCCUGCCAACUACGUCCAGCGGAGAGAAGGCCUGAAGUCUGGAGGGAAGCUCAGCCUGAUGCCGUGGUUUCACGGGAAGAUCCCGCGGGAGACGGCGGAGCGGCUGCUGUAUCCGCCCGAGACGGGCUUGUUCCUGGUGCGCGAGAGCACAAACUACCCCGGCGACUACACACUGUGUGUGAGCUGCGACGCGAAGGUGGAGCAUUACCGCAUCAUCUACCACAGCGGCAGGCUGAGCAUCGACGAGGAGGAGUACUUCGACAACCUCAUGCAGCUGGUGGAGCACUACAGCAAAGACGCGGACGGCCUCUGCACGCGCCUCAUCAAGCCGAAGCUGGUGGAGGGGACGGUGGCGGCGCAGGACGAGUUCUCCAGGAGCGGAUGGGCCCUGACCCGCAGAGACCUCAAGCUCAUCCAGCCCAUCGGGAAAGGAGAGUUCGGAGAUGUGAUGCUGGGAGAUUACAGAGGGUCGAAGGUCGCGGUGAAGUGCAUCAAACACGACGCCACAGCGCAGGCGUUCCUCGCCGAAGCCUCCGUGAUGACUCGGCUGAGACACACUAACCUGGUGCAGUUAUUGGGUGUGAUCGUGGAGGAGAGAGGCAGUUUGUUCAUCGUGACUGAAUACAUGGCGAAGGGCAGUCUGGUGGAUUACCUGCGCUCGCGGGGUCGAACGGUCCUGGGCGGCGAGUGUUUGCUCCAGUUCUCGCUUAACGUGUGUGAAGCCAUGGAGUAUCUGGAGGCCAAUAACUUUGUGCACCGA